GCUGUCGUUGCAGCACAGUGGAGGUAACGUCCAGAGCCCCGGAGCCUCCCGGAACGGCCCUCGCACAGCACUGCUCUGCCGCCCGGACCCCCGCCGCGGCUGGACAUCGUUGAGUGGCAACCGUUGCCUCGCCAGCCCGCUAGCCAUGGGUUCGGAACGGGACUCCGAGUCGCCGCGUUCCUCCUCCAUCCACUCGGCCGCCGCCAAGUGCCCGAAGCCCGGUCGCCGCCGCCGCCUCUCCUUCCAGAGCGUCUUCUCCGCCGCCGCCGCCUCCGCCGCGGGCGGCCGCCGCCGCGCUAAGGCAGAGCCACCUCCCGCAGCCCCGCUGCCGCCUCCCGCCGCUCCACCGGCCCCGCCGCCCCCGCCGCCGCCUCCUCCUCCGCCUCCUCCUCCCGAAGAAGCGCCGGUGGUCCCGGAGGCUGGCGGCGAAGAGGAGCUGGAAUGCCCUCUGUGCCUGGUGCGGCAGCCGGCCGAGAACGCCCCGCGGUUGCUGUCGUGCCCGCACCGGUCGUGCGGCGCCUGCCUGCGGCAGUACCUCCGCAUCGAGAUCACCGAGUCCCGCGUCAACAUCUGCUGCCCCGAGUGCAGCGAACGCCUCAACCCCGCCGACAUCCGCCGCCUCCUCCGCGACUCCCCGCACCUCGUCGCCAAGUACGAGGAGUUCAUGCUCCGCCGCUGCCUCGCCGCCGACCCCGACUGCCGCUGGUGCCCGGCCCCCGACUGCGGCUACGCGGUGAUCGCCUACGGCUGCGCCAGCUGCCCCAAGCUGACCUGCGAGCGGGACGGCUGCCAGACCGAGUUCUGCUACCACUGCAAGCAGAUCUGGCACCCCAACCAGACCUGCGACAUGGCGCGGCAGCAGCGGGCCCAGAGCCUGCGCGUCCGCACCAAGCACACCUCGGGCCUCAGCUACGGCCAGGAGUCCGGGCCAGCUGAUGACAUCAAGCCUUGCCCACGCUGCAGUGCCUACAUCAUCAAGAUGAACGAUGGCAGCUGUAACCACAUGACCUGCGCCGUCUGCGGCUGCGAGUUCUGCUGGCUCUGCAUGAAGGAGAUCUCAGACCUGCAUUACCUCAGCCCCUCUGGCUGCACAUUCUGGGGCAAAAAGCCAUGGAGUCGUAAAAAGAAGAUCCUCUGGCAGCUGGGCACACUGAUUGGUGCUCCUGUGGGCAUCUCCCUCAUUGCUGGCAUUGCCAUCCCUGCUAUGGUCAUUGGCAUCCCAGUGUAUGUUGGGAGGAAGAUCCACAGCAGGUAUGAGGGAAAGAAAACCUCCAAGCACAAGAGGAACUUGGCCAUCACUGGGGGGGUCACCUUGUCCGUUAUUGCCUCUCCAGUCAUCGCUGCUGUCAGUGUUGGUAUUGGAGUCCCCAUCAUGCUGGCUUACGUCUACGGCGUGGUGCCCAUCUCGCUGUGCCGGGGAGGGGGCUGUGGGGUCAGCACUGCCAAUGGAAAGGGAGUGAAAAUCGAAUUUGAUGAAGAUGAUGGACCAAUCACAGUGGCCGAUGCCUGGCGAGCCCUGAAGAACCCCAGCAUUGGUGAGAGCAGCAUUGAGGGCCUGACCAGUGUGCUGAGCACCAGUGGCAGCCCCACUGAUGGGCUCAGUGUCAUGCAGGGCAACUACAGCGAGACUGCCAGCUUCGCUGCCCUCUCGGGGGGCACCCUGAGUGGGGGAGUCCUCUCAGGAGGCAAGGGGAAGUACAGCAGGCUGGAAGUGCAGGCAGAUGUCCAGAAGGAGAUUUUCCCCAAGGACUCGGUCAGCCUGGGGGCUAUCAGUGACAACGCCAGCACUCGAGCCAUGGCUGGUUCCAUCAUCAGCUCCUACAACCCCCAGGACAGGGAGUGCAAUAACAUGGAGAUCCAGGUGGACAUCGAAGCCAAACCAAGUCACUACCAGCUGGCCAGCGGCAGCAGCACAGAGGACUCCCUGCACGUCCACACCCAAAUGGCAGAGAACGAGGAGGAGGAGGAGGAGGAGGAAGAAGAGGAGGAAGAGGAGGAUGGUGAGCAGGAGCAGACGUGCCAACACCAAAACUGUGAGCAAAAGGACUGCAUUGGCAGCAAAACCUGGGACAUCACCUUGGCCCAGCCCGAGAGCAUCCGGAGCGACCUGGAGAGCUCGGACAGCCAGUCGGACGAUGUGCCGGACAUUACCUCGGACGAGUGCGACUCCCCCCACCCUCAGACUGCAGCAGCCUGCCCACACACCCCCAAAGCCAGAGGUGCUGAGAGCCCAAGUGCCCCUCUGAGCCACUGUGCCCAAGCUGAGGGCUGCAGGUUGGAUGACAUGGUCAAACUGGAGUGCAUCGAAGCCAGGGUAUGAAGCUGCCUCCUGCCGAAGAGCACAGCUGCUGUCCUUGCAGCUUUUUCAGGGGGGGACAGGCUCGUGUCCAUGUUGGCUUCUGUUUGCCCUCCUCCAGCUGGCUGCCCCCCUACCAAGCCUGGCCUUGGGGAGCUGCUGUUUCUUAUGUGAC